CUCAUACGGCGCUGGUCCGCUUGUGAGGCUGUGUCAGGUGUACGAGUACUAGUAUAAUAUGGAGAUUCCAAUCCUUCCCUACAUGGUCUACCAGUACACUUUCAAACGUCUCUCGGGCUGGAUGGUUAAAAUCGCUCAAAACAACCAAGGGGGGUUUUUUUUUUGGUGGCUCGCUAGCCGCGUAGAUACAGCGCCAGCCGUACUGUGUGAUGAUGAUGAUGAUGAUGAUGGUGAUGAUGAUGGUGAUGGUGGCUUUGGUUGCAGGAAAUGAUGAGAAAGGAUGCGAGGUUGAGAGGUUUUUUUCUCCUGAGUAAAUUAUUGAUUUCUGAGCUAGAGGUUGC